AUGGAGUAUCCACUUGAAGUCAAUUCUCACCGUACCACUUCUGAGGAGUUAAGAUACUUGGACAGACAGCAGAACAACAGAUGGGAAGAUUUCCGUAAAGGAGCCGAGAUCCACAGACGUGUACGUCACAAGGCUCAAUCGUCCAUCAGAGCCGGAAUGUCCAUGACUGAAAUUGCUGACUUAAUAGAGAAUUCUGUGAGAAGCUACGCUGCUGCAGACCACACAUUAAAAGCUGGUAUAGGAUUUCCAACUGGUUUGUCAUUGAACCAUGUCGCUGCCCAUUAUACCCCCAAUACUGGAGACAAGUUGUCUCUCGGUAAAGAUGACCUUAUGAAGGUAGAUAUAGGAGUCCAUGUCAAUGGCCAUAUUUGUGACUCAGCCUUUACGAUGACUUUGAAUGAUACUGGGAAAUACGACAGUAUCAUGAAGGCUGUCAAGGAUGCCACCAACACUGGUGUGAAGGAGGCUGGUAUUGAUGUCAGACUCAACGAUAUCGGUGAAGCCAUUCAGGAAGUGAUGGAGUCGUACGAAAUGGAGUUGGACGGAAAGACAUAUCCUGUCAAGUGUAUCAAGAACUUGAACGGACACAACAUUGGUGACUACAUCAUCCAUUCCGGUAAAACCGUACCUAUUGUAGCCAAUGGGGAUAUGACGAAGAUGGAAGAGGGUGAGACUUUCGCUAUUGAGACGUUUGGAUCGACCGGCAGAGGCUAUGUCCUCACCGAGGGUGAAUGUUCGCACUAUUCUCGAAACCAGAACAUCGACGGCAUCCGUGUUCCUUCCGAAAGAGCAAAGACAUUGUUGAACUCUAUCACAUCCAACUUCGGAACAUUGCCCUGGUGUCGUAGAUACUUGGAGAGAACCGGUGAAGAGAAGUACUUGUUCGCUUUGAACCAGUUGGUCAGAGCAGGGAUCGUGGAAGAAUACCCUCCUCUUGUAGACAUCAAAGGCAGUUACACAGCACAGUACGAGCACACCAUCUUGUUACAUCCCCACAAGAAGGAGGUUGUCACCCGUGGUGAUGACUACUAG